CCGAUUCACCGGAACUCUAGCUCUCUCCGCUGUCCAAGCAACCGCGUUCUUAGCAACCGGGGGAACGCGAGAUGCAGACGGAGCAGGUGGUGCCCUUGGCGCUGCCUCGCGGCCGGAAGGUCUUUUGCGAGUUGUGCCGAGCGCCGGCCACGGUGCGUUGCGGGGGCUGCCUCGUCACUUUCUACUGCGAACCAGAGCAUCAAAAUGCUGACUGGGUCAGCGUUCAUGAGAAGAUAUGCCAGCUGCUCAUUCCAUUGCGUACUGCGUUGCCCUUUUAUGAUUCUGAGAAAAAGAGGCAGCAUGGGCGAGAACAGAAGAUCAGCAGAGAGAAGUUCCUAGCCGAACUGACUCACAACGUGGCCCAGAAAUUUCUGUUUGAAGGCAAGCAUGAAGAUGCCAUCCCGGCAGCGCUGCAUUCUCUGAAAUUCACCAUUAGCGUGUAUGGCUUGAAUUCCAGUGAAGUGGUACCAGCUUAUCUCAUGUUAGCAGAGGCAAGCCUGGGCCUCGGACAUCUCUCCCAAGCAGAGGAGUACCUCUCCCAGGCGCAGUGGAGCGUCCUCAAGACUCCUCAGUGCAGCCCCACCAUUCAGUCCAAGUUGCAUCGUAACCUGGGGCUCCUCUACGCUGCCAAAGGGAACUUUGAGGAGUCUUUGUACCAUCUGGCGAAUGACAUUUUCCACGCUAGUUGUGCCUUUGGAACAAAUGAUGUUUCCGUCUCAGGAGGGUAUUUCCACAUGGCCAAUGUUUUCUUCUGUCAGAACAGACUGGAUGUAGCCGACUCACUGUACACCGAGGUUACUGAAAUUUGGUACAAUCACUUCAUCCGCUUGGUCGAUCACCAGUUCCAGUCGCUCUUGAGUCCAGCUGAGAUCAACGUGUUGCCUGAGGAGGAGACCACUGGAGACCUUCUUGAUGAAAGCCAGCAAGCCGAAGCCACACAGAUGCUGAACGCCAUCUUGGAGAUGCGAGAGCAGGCGUCCAAGCCGCAGCCGGCUAAAGUAGCCAAGGUGGCCUUCACUCUGGCCAUGUUCCAUUACUUGAUCCUUGAUAUACCAAAGGCUCAAGAACUCCUGAAGAAGACUUUGCGCAUCACAGUUAUGUCAUCAGUGGAGGGGAUGGAAGACUACGUUCACCGUUUAGUUAAGCUGAUCAAAUCAAAGCCUUUCUUCGCCAAGUAGAAGCAUUCUAGAUGCCACCUCCCAACCCAGCGUUCAGGUAAUGAGGAUAUUAGGGCUUGCAAGCGGCCAAGCUCUCCCAAUAGUCAUUCGGCUGGGUCUCCUUUA